CAUAUGGUGCUGACGAGUGAUGACUUACUGAACUUGCUUGAACUGAUGCCCGAGAUACGAUGUUAUGCAACCUGCAUACUUUAAAUGUGGGUCCGCCUACGUCCGGAGCUCCAGCUUCCACAAGUGGUCGAUCGUGGUGCGCACGGGAAUAAACAUGGGCUAUUUUCCGGACUUUUCCAUCGAGACUUGGACUUUAAUAGUCCUUGUCAUUUCCCUCAUCGCGGUGUAUGGAUAUUCUCCAUAUGGCUUUUUCAAGAAACUGGGCGUCCGUGGACCAAGACCUUUACCUUUUAUUGGGACGUUUUUGGGUUACAAGCAGGGGGUUUGCCAGUUUGACAUGCAAUGCUUUCAGAAGUAUGGGAAGAUGUGGGGCUUAUACGAUGGCAGACAGCCUGUGUUGUCUGUAAUGGACACAGGCAUAAUCAAAACCAUCUUGAUUAAAGAGUGUUAUUCAAUCUUCACCAACAGACGGGAUUUGGGCCUAAACGGACCUUUACGUGAUGCUGUGUCAAUAGUAGAGGAUGAGAAAUGGAAGAGGAUUCGGAGUAUACUUUCUCCAUCAUUCACCAGCGGACGACUGAAAGAGAUGUACACAAUAAUGUUAAAGCACUCAAACAAUCUGAUCAAGAGUCUGAACAAGAAGGCUGAGGCAGACGAAGUCAUUGAGGUUAAAGAGGUGUUUGGACCAUACAGUAUGGAUGUCGUAACCAGCACUGCCUUCAGUGCAGACAUUGAUUCCAUCAACCGUCCCUCCGAUCCUUUUGUAGCAAACAUAAAAAGAAUGGUCAAGUUCAACUUCCUGAAUCCUUUGCUUCUGUUUGUGGUUGUGUUUCCGAUCUUCGCGCCGAUUGUUGAGAUGAUGAAUGUGUCAUUCUUCCCUGCUGAGGUGUUGGAAUUCUUCUACAGCUUUUUGAAGAAAAUCAAAUCAGACCGGAGCAAGGAUGAUCACCAAAACCGAGUGGACUUCAUGCAGCUGAUGGUGGACUCUCAAGUUUCAGAGGACAUAAAAGAGGAUUCAAGUACCCCAAAAGGGCUGACUGAUGAAGAGAUUCUUGCUCAGGCCAUGAUAUUCAUCUUUGCCGGUUAUGAAACCAGUAGCAGCUCCCUGUGCUUUUUAGCCUACAACCUGGCAACUCAACCUGACAUCCAAAAGAAGCUGCAAGAGGAGAUUGAUGAAACCUUCCCGAAAAAGGCUCAGCCAACCUAUGAUGCCCUGAUGAAGAUGGAAUACCUGGACAUGGUGGUGAACGAAUCACAGAGGCUGUACCCUAUUGGUAAUCGAGUAGAAAGAGUGGCCAAGACUUCUGUUGAGAUAAACGGUGUGACCAUCCCUAAGGGAACUGUCAUCAUGAUACCAGUUUACGUUCUCCAUCGUGACCCUUCUUUGUGGUCUGAGCCUGAAGCCUUCAAUCCUGAAAGGUUCAGCAAAGAGAACAAGGACAACAUAGAUCCAUAUGCCUUCCUGCCUUUUGGAGCUGGACCACGGAACUGCAUUGGCAUGCGAUUUGCCAUGUUGAUGAUGAAGUUGGUCAUAGUGGAGAUCCUUCAGAACUUCAGCUUUGUCACAUGCAAGGAGACAGAAAUUCCAGUGGAGCUCGCAACGGAUGGAUUCACUUCACCCAAGAAUCCAAUCAAGCUGAAGCUCAAGCCCAGGACAACAGUUAACUCUGACUAACUUCACCCUGGCUAGUCUCACAUUUUCCUGCAUUUUCCUAGUAUAAAAUCACAGUCACCAACUUCAAGUGUUGGUUAAAGAUCUAAAAUAAGCCACUCAUAUAGCUCAUUUAGACAUGUACCUGAGCACCAGUCCAAAAGGAGCAGACAUAUAUCAAUAUAGUUGAGGCUCUAUUUGUAGAAUUUAUGAACUCAUUUUUUUUUUUUUUUUUUCAAAUCAGUCUACUGCUAAAAAAGCAGGUAUGUUUUCAGUAAGUAUUUUACUUGUAACUUUUCAUAUCCUCUAUACUUUGUAGAAAUUUGUAAUGUCAAGCCAAUAGCUUGGCUUCAGUUCCACACAUCUUUUCACAUGGUUACACUUUUUGAAAACACUUACUAAAACACUUACAAUAUUUUGAACUUUUAUUAUGUGCACUUAUUUUUAAAAUGUAUGUAUCACAUUUUUUUCAUGAAUACUAAUAUUCUACUAAUAUGGCCCAGUGUUGCCAGUGUCGUCUGGUUACUAGUACUGCAUUUGAGUUUGUAAACAAUGCUUACUUUUUUUAUUUUUAUUUCACUGGUUUUAAAUAAAUAUAUUCACGCGUAAUUUGCUCAGUUCGUGAUCAAUGUGUUUGCUGCAUGUUUGAGACAGUGGGUUCGCUCAGUUCCUUUAGCUGUUAGUAAUCUGUAGUUUUAGACCAAAUCCUUUAUGGCUCUCUGACAGAAGCUCUCUAACAGAAGCAAAUUACAUAAAUUGCAUGAAACACAUUUUAUAGGCCCUCAUUAAGAAUAUAAUAAAAGGGAAACGGCACCUCUGUGUGAAAACUGAUAUACUUUACUGCCUUUCUUUGUUAACACAGUGAAUAGCGCCCUCUAGCUGCAUUCGGGCACGUUGAGCUGUGUGCAGUGUUCUUGUCAUCAUGAUAAAUGUAAUCAUGUUCUUAUGUAAUCAUGAUAAAAAGCCAAUUUCUUCUACAUCCAAGUGAAAAUGAAUCCAAGUAAAACUGCUGUACAGUUUGAGUUUGAAAUUCUUUAAAGAUUUAGAUACCAAUUUCUAUCAAAUGUUUAGUCAUGGAAAAGUAUAUAUCUUUCUAUGUACAAUGUAUCUAGCAUAUUGUUUAGCAUGUAUAUUUAGGCUCAUAUACACAUGUUUUGACACUGACAUGGUUUUUGUUUUUUCUGCAACUUAAUAAAUCAUACUGAAGUUA